AUGAAGCUUCCCCCAGGCUUUGAAUCAUCUCAUCCGAAUAAGGGUGCCGUGCAAAUUAAUGUUCUUGUAUAUGUGGAUGAUCUCAUUAUUUCUGGUAAUAAUACCGCUGCGUUAAGGGCUUUCAAGGCAUAUCUUAGUGAUUGUUUUCAUAUGAAAGAUCUUGGUACUCUGAAAUAUUUUUUGGGAAUUGAAGUGGCUCGUAGUUCAUCGGACUUGUUCCUAUGCCAGAGAAAAUAUACUCUUGAUAUCAUUUCAGAAGCAGGAUUAUUGGGAUCAAAGCCAGUCGGCUUUCCCAUGGAGCAGAAUCACAAGCUCGGCUUAGCUAAUGGUCCUCUUCUUGAUGAUCCGGAACCGUGUCGCAGACUUGUUGGAAGGUUGAUCUAUCUUGUUGUCACUAGGCCCGAUUUAGCAUACUUUGUUCAUAUUUUGUCUCAGUUCAUGCAUGCUCCAAGGACUGGACAUUGGGAGGCAGCUCUGCGAGUUGUCAGAUAUUUGAAAUAA